ACAUCAUUGUACUGGGAGGCAGCAGACUCUCCAACUUGCUCCUAACCUAAGGAUAUACAGCAGCAGUAGAAGGACAGUGGUGCUGAAGAUUUCUUACCCCUUUUUGGAACUCAUACUCAUUCAACUGAAUGCCGAUUUAACCUUAGAAAAUGGAAGUACGAGUAUUGAGCAUCCUCAUCCUCCUGGUGGCCUUGACGGCUGUUCAUGGUAGUGGUUCAUAUGUGGUGAAGAAGGUGAUGAAGGUCGCCCCUCAAUACCAGCCCUACUCUGUGAAGGGUCACGUGGUGUCGGUGGCGGGAGAGCCCGGUGCGCCAGGUGAGCCCGGCCCAGAAGGCCCCCCUGGCCCACCUGGCCCUCCAGGGGAAAGUGCUGUGGGACAGCCUGGACCCGAGGGCCCUGCCGGACCACCCGGACCUGCUGGCUACUCGGCACCUGGCAAACCUGGUUCCUCAGGUGGGCCUGGUAAGCCUGGUGUUCCUGGCACAGCUGGCAAGAAAGGAGAGAGGGGCACAGCUGGACUUCAAGGGCCUAGGGGCAUGCCUGGACCUACUGGAAGUUCUGGACCAGCUGGGAUCUCUUCCACUGGCAAGCCUGGACCUCAUGGUCUGCCUGGAGCAAUGGGGCCAAGAGGGGAAACAGGCCUUAAGGGACAUCCAGGUAUGCCUGGUUUGCCAGGAGCUAAGGGUGAUAGAGGAGUGGGUAUCCCAGGGGCACAAGGUGAGACAGGAGCUGUGGGACCUAUGGGACCAGCUGGGCAGCCUGGAGCAGCCGGAGUUGGAAAGCCAGGCAAGCCAGGAAUCCCUGGUGAAGCAGGAAAGUCAGGUAGCCCAGGUAGGGAUGGGGGCGCUGGUCCCAUGGGUUUGCCAGGUGCUAAGGGACACACAGGGGCUCCUGGUGUAGGUAUGCCUGGAAAACCAGGUGAUAAUGGGGCUCCAGGUAUGCCUGGUGCAGCUGGUCCUAAAGGUCAUCAGGGAGCAACGGGAGCAACUGGUGCUCCCGGUAUCCCUGGAUAUGGAAAGCCAGGAGCAAAUGGACAGAAGGGUGAGAGGGGAGUUGUAGGAAGCACAGGCACAACAGGUCAGAAGGGUGAGCCAGGAGCACAGGGAUAUACCGGUGCUACUGGUGCUACUGGGCCCAUGGGUCUCACUGGUCCUCAGGGUGCAAGAGGCUUCCAGGGAGAUACUGGGGAAAUGGGUCCCAAAGGUGACACAGGUGCAAUGGGACCCCAGGGACCAAAGGGAUAUAAGGGAGAUCAGGGAGCACAAGGUUUCCAGGGAAAGCAAGGUAAUACUGGAGCAACAGGCCCAACUGGUGCAAUGGGAGCUACUGGAGCUCCAGGUAACAAAGGUGACACUGGUCACACAGGUUCAACUGGUGCUUCAGGUGUCCCAGGACCUGCCGGGCCCAAAGGUUUCCCAGGGCGCAAUGGUGAGGCAGGUGAGGCUGGAGCUGCUGGAGCCACAGGUCCCAGAGGACCUGUUGGGCCUACUGGUGCCGCAGGUACACCUGGCCUUAAAGGACACCCGGGUCUCCCUGGAGCACCUGGCCCAGCUGGACUGGCCGCUAAGGGAAUCCUUGGCCCUCUCGGUCCCCCUGGGCUCCCUGGUGCUGAUGGUCAGGAUGGUGGCCAAGGCCCUGCUGGCCCUCCCGGCCCACCUGGUCCUCCCGGCGAGUUCUUUUUCGAAAAGAGCAUGGGCAUGGGUGAGGUCAUGGUGCCUACUCUUGUUAAGGCCCCUAUGUCUGCUUUCUCUGUUUCUCUGGCUAGGCCUUAUCCUCCAUCUGGGGAACCUAUUAAGUUUGACAAUGAGGUGUACAAUGCGGAGAAUCACUAUGACACUACCACUGGGCAGUUCACUUGCCAGGUUCCUGGAGUCUACUACUUCUCAUAUACCAUUCACGUGAAUGGGGCUCAUGCUCUGGUGGCUCUGUACAAGAACGACAAGCCAGUCAUGUUCAGCUAUGAUGAGUACAACAAGGGCUUCCUGGACCAGAUGUCCGGUAGCACUGUCCUUAUGCUCGAUGUGAACGACACAGUCUACCUUCAGAUUCCCGAUGAUGAGGCCAAUGGCGUUUUUGCUGCUGAGAACGUCCACUGCUCUUUCUCUGGGUUCCUUAUCGCUUCAACGUGAUACGGUGUCACCCAAUAACAACACAACUAAAUCUGCAGGCUAUUUCUCAAACAAGUAAACUCUCUGUCUUUCCCAACCAGGCAGUUGUCUCUUUUUUUGAGUAAUAGAAGUAUCUCGACUUGAAAAAUCCAAGAAAUGGGUGCUAAGAAGAAGGAAAUAAUUUAUCUAAGAGGUUAUCAGGGAUGGGGAGGCAAUCAACAAAGUUACCAAUGAUUCAGAAUUGUAUUUUUUGUGAGUGGAGGCAACAUGUGAAAUUUAGAUGUUAUGGCUAUGUUGUGUCUUGAAAAAGUUUUUGUUUUAAAUUAUUAUUACAGCAGGUGAUUCUUGUUUUGUGUAUGUCUGUGUUUUUGUACAACCUUGUUUUUGGUGACCGAUUCGAUAACCUCAUUAAAAGUUCAUAAUUACUUUC